AUGCUGCAUGAUUCUAGGCUCCUUGACAGUCUUCCAGAUAUCAGACUUGGUAAUCUGGAUAUGGCCACGAGCUUUGCGAGGAUCAUCGAGCAGAACGCGAUUGCGAAUGAUGCGAGACUCGCGCUCGGUAAAAUAACUCCACUUGCCCAUGGCGAUCAGUGGACGUCCAUCCCCAGCUGCUGGGGGUACCAAGAGAGUGAAGAAGAAUCCAAUGAAGAGAGUGAUCAGGCCCUCGACGAGGAAGAUCCAUCGCCAUCCUUCCAUACCGUGGUUACCAUGAAGCUUCAAUAG